GCCGAGUGAAUUAGCGUCUCAGGAUCUUCGUCAUGACUCUUAAAUCUGGGCCUGUCAGUUCGGCCCAGCAUGUCUUGUUUCUAGGCACGGCAUGGGGUUUACAGAGUUUAACCAAUCAUGUAACGUCGAGAUCAGGUUGCCAGGCAGAUUAUGCUAAUAAGACCCCGCCUUUUAUGCUGCUCCCACUCUGCGGCGGGAAGAACCACCUGGAGGCGGCGGGGGGGGUUUGAUUUCCAUCACCCCUAGGGAGAGAGGAUCGGGGACCCGCUGAUCUUCCAGCUCCCCUCACCCAACGUCGUGCACACUGCAGAAAGACUAUUCUGUCCUUCAGGAGCACACACACACUGGACAGAUGACUGUCCUCCAUCCUGUGCUGCUGCUGUAGGAGGCACAGACGUGGAGCUGUCCAGCAGGGAGAAGAUGGAUUCUAAGGAUGAAAGCUCACACGUGUGGCCGACAUCCACGGAGCACGAACAGAGUGCUACACAGGUGCACUUUGUGCCGGACCCCGGAACUGUGGCUCAGAUUGUCUACACCGAUGACCAGGUCCGUCCACCCCAGCAGGUGGUGUACACAGCAGAUGGCGCCUCCUACACAUCAGUGGAUGGGCCAGAGCACACACUGGUGUACAUCCACCCUGUGGAAGCUGCACAGACUCUGUUCACAGACCCAGGCCAGGUAGCCUAUGUCCAACAGGAUGCUACAGCUCAGCAGGUGCUGCCCUCCAUUGAGAGUGUGGAUGGUUCUGACCCCUUGGCAACUCUGCAGAACCCAAUUGCCAGACUGGAGGCAAAAGAGGAAGAGGAUGAGGAAGAGGAUGAGGAUACUGAAGAAGAGGAAGAGGAAGAUGGUGAAGAUACAGAUCUGGAUGACUGGGAGCCAGACCCACCCCGGCCCUUUGACCCUCACGAUUUGUGGUGUGAAGAGUGUAAUAACGCACAUUCUUCAGUGUGCCCAAAGCAUGGCCCCUUGCAUCCCAUCCCCAACCGGCCUGUGCUCACUCGGGCGAGAGCAAGUCUCCCCCUGGUCCUCUACAUAGACAGGUUCCUUGGAGGAGUGUUCUCCAAAAGGCGCAUUCCCAAACGCACUCAGUUUGGCCCUGUGGAGGGACCCCUGGUCAGGGGGUCUGAGCUGAAAGACUGUUACAUUCAUCUCAAGGUUUCUCUUGAUAAAGGGGACAGAAAAGACAGGGAUUUGCAUGAAGACCUGUGGUUUGAAUUGUCUGAUGAGUCCCUUUGUAAUUGGAUGAUGUUUGUGCGUCCAGCCCAGAACCACCUGGAACAGAACCUAGUGGCUUACCAAUAUGGCCACCAUGUGUAUUAUACAACCAUAAAGAACGUGGAGCCCAAGCAGGAACUAAAGGUGUGGUAUGCUGCGUCCUAUGCUGAGUUCGUGAACCAGAAAAUUCAUGACAUUUCUGAGGAAGAAAGGAAAGUUCUUCGAGAGCAAGAGAAGAAUUGGCCUUGCUAUGAAUGUAACCGCCGGUUCAUAAGCUCAGAGCAGUUGCAACAGCACCUCAAUUCUCAUGAUGAGAAACUGGAUGUGUUUAGCAGAACAAGAGGCAGAGGAAGGGGACGAGGCAAGAGGCGAUUUGGCCCAGGUCGACGGCCAGGGCGUCCUCCAAAAUUUAUCCGUUUGGAAAUAACCAGCGAAAAUGGGGAAAAGAGUGAUGAUGGGACACAGGACUUGCUGCAUUUUCUCACAAAGGAGCAGUUUGAUGAGGCCGAAACAGCUACCCUGAACGGGCUGCAUCAGCCAGAACAGACCUCUAUGCCAAUCCCUCAGCUGCCACAGGAAACCCCAGUUUCUCUGGAGCACGAACCAGAAGCUCACACCCUACACCUGCAGCCGCAGCACGAAGAGAGUGUGGUGCCCGCCCAGAGCACUCUGACAGCUGAUGACAUGCGCAGAGCCAAACGCAUCAGAAAUGCAGCUCUUCAGCAUCUGUUUAUUCGGAAGUCCUUCCGGCCCUUUAAAUGUUUGCAGUGUGGGAAGGCUUUCCGUGAGAAGGACAAACUGGACCAACACUUGCGCUUCCAUGGGCGGGAGGGGAACUGCCCUCUGACCUGUGACCUCUGUAACAAGGGCUUCAUCAGCAGCGCCUCCCUGGAGAGUCACAUGAAGCUCCACUCGGACCAGAAGACUUACUCUUGCAUUUUUUGCCCCGAAUCCUUUGACCGCCUUGAUUUGUUGAAAGAUCAUGUGGCCAUUCAUAUCAAUGAUGGCUACUUCACCUGCCCAACUUGUAAGAAACGAUUCCCAGAUUUUAUCCAGGUGAAGAAGCACGUGCGUAGUUUCCACUCAGAAAAGAUCUACCAGUGCACAGAGUGUGACAAGGCCUUCUGUCGCCCUGACAAGCUGCGACUCCACAUGCUUCGGCAUUCAGACCGCAAAGACUUCCUGUGUUCUACCUGUGGGAAGCAGUUUAAGCGAAAAGACAAACUACGGGAACACAUGCAAAGGAUGCAUAAUCCUGAGAGGGAGGCCAAGAAGGCUGACCGAAUCAGCCGCUCCAAGACCUUCAAACCUCGCAUCACGUCCACAGACUACGACAGCUUCACGUUCAAGUGCCGCCUGUGCAUGAUGGGCUUCCGGCGCCGAGGCAUGCUGGUAAAUCACUUAUCAAAGAGGCAUCCAGACAUGAAGAUAGAAGAGGUGCCGGAGUUAACCCUACCCAUCAUAAAACCCAACCGUGAUUACUUCUGUCAGUAUUGUGAUAAGGUUUAUAAAAGUGCCAGCAAGCGUAAAGCCCAUAUUCUGAAGAACCACCCAGGAGCUGAGCUCCCACCGAGUAUUCGGAAACUUCGUCCUGCUGGCCCUGGAGAGCCAGACCCCAUGCUAAGCACCCACACCCAGUUGACUGGCACCAUCGCCACCCCUCCUGUCUGCUGCCCGCACUGCUCCAAGCAGUACAGCAGCAAGACCAAGAUGGUCCAACACAUUCGAAAGAAGCAUCCUGAAUAUGCACAGCUCCCCAACACCAUCCACACGCCCCUGACAACAGCUGUGAUCAGUGCCACCUCAGCUGUCUUAACGACGGAUAGUGCUACUGGAGAGACUGUGGUGACAACAGACCUGCUAACUCAAGCAAUGACAGAACUGUCCCAGACCUUAACAACAGAUUAUCGGACGCCACAGGGGGACUACCAGAGGAUUCAGUAUAUACCUGUGUCUCAGUCUGCAUCUGGUCUCCAACAGCCUCAGCAUAUACAGCUUCAAGUGGUGCAAGUGGCCCCGGCCACUUCCCCGCACCAGUCUCAGCAGUCUACUGUGGACGUUGGCCAGCUGCAUGACCCUCAGACCUACACACAGCAUGCCAUCCAAGUGCAGCACAUUCAGGUCACGGAGCCCACCACCACAGCCCCGUCAUCAUCCCAGGUAGCUGGGCAGCCACUGAGCCCCUCUGCCCAGUCUGCACAGCAGGGCCUCAGCCCCUCCCACAUCCAAGGUGGUUCUUCCACCCAAGGGCAGGCUCUGCAGCAGCCACAGCAGCCACAGCCACCGCAGCAGCAGAACACUUCUGUGCAACACACAUACCUCCCCAAUGCCUGGAAUUCUUUCCGGGGCUAUUCAUCUGAGAUACAAAUGAUGACACUUCCCCCAGGUCAGUUUGUGAUCACAGACAGUGGUGUGGCAACGCCUGUCACUUCUGGCCAAGUGAAGGCAGUUACUCCGGGUCAUUACGUGUUAUCAGAAAGUCAGACAGAAUUGGAGGAAAAGCAAACUGCUGGCCUUUCUGGUGCAGUCCAGGUUCAGCCAUCCACACACAGUGACUCCCUGGAUGCCCAGGCCACCAGCCAACAGCAGACCACACAAUACAUCAUCACAACCACCACCAACGGGAAUGGAAGCAGUGAAGUGCAUAUCACUAAGCCGUAGGGUGUCCUCCGGGAGCUACUCCAGCACUCACAUCACGUCUUUUCUCAUUCAUACAUCCGAAGCUUCUGACACCCAGACUUCUUUUUUAAGAUUUAUUAUUCACUCAAGAGUUUGGAAACUACAGUUUGACACACACAUAUGCCGGGGUGAUUUUGCCAAGGUCGCCUUUACCAAAUUGACUCUUCAAACCCUUGGGGUUCUGCUACAGAAUGGAGGUCUUUCAGGGAAAGUACAUUUCAAGAUGGAGAAACUUUGACUUGCUCUUGAGGUUUUUUUUUUGUUUUUUUUUUUUAAAC